AUGUGCAAGAUGCAAAGGUAUGUGCCCGGGCGCGCGCGUGCGCAGCGACAUGAGAAGUGCGAUGACCAGCAACCCCGUUGUAGUAGAUGCGAGAAGCGCAACGUCGAGUGCUUCCGCCCUGAGCGACGACCUUCCUUCCGCCAGGGUUCUACUGCCAACUAUGACGGGGCCUUCUCCCGGGAGCAGCGCUGGGUGAACAGUCGGCCUCGAGCUUGGGGGUCGAAGACACUCUACCACCAAUACCGACGCCUACUAAACGUCGAAGAACCGAGCCUGCGCCGCAAGAUGUUCGACCUCUGCGACGAAGAGAGGCACUUCCAGCUCGUCGUUGUGAGACGCGCACGCUCGUGCCAACCCCUCCGCGACGCCAUAUUCGCCGUCGCGGCGCGCCAUUUAUGUCGACAUCCCAAAUUCCGAUCAGAGCCAGGGGGUGGCGGUGUCGUCGUCUACCAGCGCCACCUUCUCCCUGACCUCACGCCGCAGAGUGCCUUCGAGUAUAUGCUCCGCUGCAUACCCGCACUGCACGAGGUCUCAAGCACGCAGGACGAGGAAUACCGCGAGAAUCUGGCCGCCGCAGCGCUCAUUCUUCGCCAGUUUGAGGAGAUGGAUCCCGAAGAAUCCCAAAGCGCGCCGAGUUCAGAUUUUGGGACCGCGAACGGGGACGGGAAUGGGACAAGUUAUGGCAGUGCGAAUAGCAAUGUCAACUUUAUCGAUAUCACAAAGGCAAUUUUGAGGGCCGCUCCGUCAUCGCGAUGGUCUGGACUUUUGAGCGCCGUGUACUGGGUGGCGGUGAGGCAGGAGAUUUACUUUGCACUCACGCUGGGGCGAUCGCCCCAGAUCACGGCAAGGCCGGACCAGGGCCGUGAAGUGUCGUUUGCUAAUCGGUUGAUAUGGUUUAUGUCGGAGGUGGCCAAGUGGAAGAUGGGAGACAGGAUCGAAGGGGAGUGGGAGAGACUGAGGGUUGAAGAGAGCAUCCUUGCAGUCGAAUGUACGCGGCAGUUUAUACCCAUAAUGCAGAGGCCAGCAGACAGGUCUCAAGGCGAAAUAUUUCCCUUGGUAUGUGGACAAGUCUCCAACCGGCGAGCACAUCGAGAGGCCGAACAUCAAGUCCGAGAAAUGACAUUAGAGCUAUGUGGUCUAGCUAUGCAUCAUCUAAGAGCACCGCCAAACUUGACCACUGCAGGGAUAGGGAUCAUGUUAUACGGGGACUAUUUCAACGACCAGUGGGAGAGAGCGGCAUUGGUUGGAGUGCUGGAAGAGUGGAAGAGCCACCACGCUUGGCCUGUGAGAAAGGGGUACCAAGCACUCGGUGUGGACUACGUCCCAUGA